AUGGCAUCCGAACACCGCGUUGGGGCGCCUCAUAUCAGCAAGUCAUUGGCAAAGGAACAAACCGACGGUGAGGCUCAGCGCAAAGCUCAUGCUCAACAGCUUCGCGAGCAAGGUCAUUGUGAUAAAACCAACUCACCUCUUCUCCACCUCCCUGCCGAGAUUAGAAACAUGGUCUUCGAACAUGUCUUCGUCAACCGCGUUAUCCACUUGGACGCAUACCGCGAUAGGCCCUUAUCCAUUCCAGACAUCUAUAUCUACAAUAGACUGGCCGAUGUUGGGUUGAGUCUACUUUUCGCAUCUCGCCAGCUUCAUACAGAAAUAGCCUUGCUUCCGUACAAGCUAUGUACGAUGCGACUUCACGGAGAUUGGAGGAUAGCAGGAGUCGAUGAAUCGCGGCUCCUUGUCAGAUGUUUCUUGAGGAGGCGAACGAAGGAACAAGUGGAAGUCAUUAGUGAUUUGGCAUUUCGGGUGUUUGAUGAGCAAGAUGAUGAGUACAAACUUCUCCGUGGGACAGGAUCAUACUGGGUUGAGUGGCUGAAUAGCGAUGAGGAUGGACAGUGGCUGGACGAAUUUCUCGGUUUCAAGAAAUAG